AUGGGUACACCGCCUAUUCAUCUUCACCAAGCCCUGCAUGGACUCGAGGCCACGCGGCAAGGCCCUACAGUUUGGCCGCCGAAAGCUCGCCACUUUAUCAUGUCGUGGAUCCUGGGACGUGUACCCGCAAGUGAUGUGUUUUUAUGGAUGGAUCAUGCUAUGGCAGUGGAAUUGCUUUCGUUUCUCCGUCUCUUUCUGCUUGUAGUGCGCCUAACACGCGCAUUUCUUCCAUCAACGGCCAGCAGCUCACAGGACCAUCAAAUGUUUCAUGUUCUCGAGGCCGAUUGUGCGCGUGCUCUAGAGACGUUUUUUGCGCCACGACCGGAGCUCAUUGCUCCAUCAACACUGACACAUGAGCAACAGCGCUUUGUCGAUUGUCCUGUGACGCGAUCGGAUCUGAUCCGAGUGCAAGCCUAUGCAGGCACCGGCAAAACAUUGUCUUUGCUUGCUUUUGCAGCCAAGCGGCCAAGGCAUCGUUUCCUGUACAUUACCUUUAACGUGGCUGCGGCCAAAUCAGCAAGAGAACGAUUCACGUCCAAUGUGGAUUGCCACACGAUGCACUCGGUCGCCUUACGACAUACCACACUACCAGAAGGGCAGACACUCGGGAAUCUACGUCCACGCGAUGUAGUGAGUCUUUUUCAGAAACAAUUGCCGACUGGCCACAGCACGAAACCCACCGAGGCAGGGCGGAGCAAUACCCUGGCCCCUACGACAGUGGCGUGUUAUAUUCUAAAGACGCUUGAUCGAUUUAUUCAAUCGACUGACCAUGUCGUCCGCCCAGAUACCCAUGUUCCCAAAUCGAUGACCAAGGCAACCGAUUUGGACCCGGCGGACGUCUCGGAGAUGGCUCAGCGGCUAUGGUACAUGAUUGUCGAGGGAAAGACGCCCCAGGGCAAAGCGGUGGUGUGUCCACAUGAUGCCUAUGUCAAGCAGCUGCAAUUGCAAGGUGGUUUGGCACCUCGGGUAUUUACUUCGUACAAUGCGCUCCUGCUAGAUGAGGCACAGGACUUGUCCGCCUGCCAAACGGAGCUUCUCUUAGGGGCUCGAGGGCAUUGUGCCGUGAUUGUCGUGGGUGAUGUCCACCAAAAGAUCUACGGAUUCCGUGGCGGAAGCGCCAAGGCUUUUCACGAGCGACUGUACCCAUCCACGAAAACCUUUCAACUUACCAAAAGUUUCCGUUUUGGGCCGGAAGUCGCACGUAUCGCGACGCAGAUCUUACGCCUCAAAGCGCCUCCCCCUUGGUACCAGGAGCAGAGUAUGGGUGUAUGGCCCCGGCCUCGGCUCACGGGACAUGAUCACGAUGAGGUGUUUGUUCGUCCGAGUGUGAUGCCUAAGCCGUAUACGUGCGUGUAUCGUACCAAUGCCCUACUAGCUCGAGAUAUGCUGCAAUUGGCUGUAACAUUGCCUGCAUCCGAAUCUAUGUACCUCAAAAUGAGCCAGACGUUUACUGUACAAGCGCUCACCCUGCUGCUGCGUGACGCUCAUAGGCUGUAUCACAAUCAGCCAGACGCUGUGUCCCACACAUCGCCCCUUCGUGACUUUAUCUCUUGGAAAGAGCUCACAGAGCAUGUCGAAGCAGAAGAAGGCGGGAAUACCAAGUUGCAUCUUGUGCUCUCGUUAGAAGAGUUAAUCUCUGCCCCGGACUUUAUGGAGCGUGUGGAUGGCUUGCGCGGCAAGUUUUGUGCUAAAGAAGAAGACGCCGCCGUGAUUCUUACCACGGUUCAUCAGGCCAAGGGGCUAGAAUGGGACUGCGUCGUUGUAGCUGACGACUUCUCGCCGACACUGCAAGCCUGUGUGCCUGGUGCUUUACGACCCCAAGUGGCACAAUGGCUCGCGCAAGAUGAAUUGAAUCAUAUGCGUACCUUGAUCCUCCCGCCGUGUCUCCUUACAUGGCUUACAGCCCUAGAAGGGCGAUUUAGGUACCGCUUCAUGCCCAAGCAGCGCAAGGUGAUUUGCACGCCAUAUGCUCGCACGUCACACUAUGAUGCACAGACCACGACAAUUGGAUGUCUUGUUUGUCUACGGCAGCAAGUGUCGUCCGAUGAGGACUUGGCCGACUUUGUGCGCUGGAUCGACGGCUCAGGUGUGAGCACGACUACAGGCAAGUGGAGUGAUGCGACCCUGGAUCGCAUGCUGCGCAAACGGCGUGCCGAGCCGUCUGUUCGCACAGCCAAACGCGCCCGAUCCACAGCCACGUCUUCACCUCCCAGCGUCGCGCCGCUGGCGGCCUGCGCCCCUGCGGAACGUGCCACCACGUAUCAACAAUGGCUAGAUACCUCUGUACCUUCUAUUCCCCUAUGGCUAGCAUCCGAAGCGUAUUGGCGCUCUAAAAGCACGUAG